UACACUUUCUUUCCUUUUAUUUGCACAAACCCUUUGUAGAGGUUUGUGUCUCUCUCUCUCUCUCCAGCCCCCCACCCCCUCUUCUCUCUUCCUUUUUUUUUGUGUGUCAGCUGUGAGUUGUGGUACUGUUACUAAGCCUGAAAAGAUUUGGUUGAUAAGGCAUGUCGGGUCUUUACAACCCCAACUUCUCGCCUGCGAGGGCUGCCUCUCCACAGAUUAGAAGCACCCCCGAUGUAGACAGUAAUCAGUACUUGUCUGAGCUGUUGGCGGAGCAUCAAAAACUUGGCCCUUUCAUGCAAGUUCUUCCCAUCUGUAGCAGACUCUUGAAUCAAGAGAUAUUGCGGGUCACUGGGAUGAUGCCAAAUCAAAGCUUUGGUGAACUUGAAAGACUAAGGCAUAGAAGUCCCAGCCCGAUGGCUUCGUCAAAUCUUUUAUCAAAUGUUGCUGGGACAGGAUUAACCGGCUGGAAUGGACUUCCGCAGGAGAGAUUGAGUGGGCCUCCUGGAAUGACGAUGGACUGGCAAGGAGCACCUGCAAGUCCCAGUUCUUACACCGUUAAAAGGAUUUUGCGCCUAGAAAUUCCUGUGGACAACUAUCCUAAUUUCAAUUUUGUUGGACGACUUUUGGGCCCUAGAGGAAAUUCAUUGAAACGAGUGGAAGCCACUACAGGAUGCCGUGUCUAUAUUAGAGGAAAAGGUUCAAUAAAGGACCCUGAUAAGGAAGAGAAGCUACGAGGACGACCAGGCUAUGAGCACCUUAGUGAGCCACUCCAUAUCCUAAUUGAGGCUGAUUUACCAGCCAACAUUGUUGAUAUCAGACUGAGGCAAGCACAGGAAAUCAUUGAAGAAUUGCUGAAGCCAGUGGACGAGUCGCAGGACUUUAUAAAGCGGCAGCAAUUACGCGAGCUAGCCAUGCUAAACUCAAAUUUUAGAGAAGAGAGCCCUGGACCUAGUGGCAGUGUCUCACCUUUCAAUACCAGUGGAAUGAAACGGGCAAAAACAGGACGUUGAGAUAUUAAAUUCAUGAGCUGUUUGAAGAAUUUUCUACUGUUCUGUAAUUGACAGCAUCAUACAUGGGUAUACCUUUGAAAACUCAUCGUAUCCGCAAUACCUGCCUAGUUGGUAAUAUAACAAAUAGGUAAACAAGGGCUUUGCGGUGGGCGUUUUUGGGUUGGGUUCUGUUUGUUUCUUAAUUUGUUGAACAAAAUACAGAAACAGAUGGGAGGUCCAGAAAGAGAAAAAGCAAAAAAAGAAAGAAAAUGGUGGUUCUUAUAUAGUUGGGUUAAAGUAGGCUUUGGCGAUGUAUGUUGUUGAAAACUUGUUCAUUGGAUUGAUUCUUGUGUUAGUAAUUAUAGUGUGGUAUGUGCUAUUAUUGGUACAGAGUAGCAUUGAGAAGUCAGAUUUUGUACAUUGUAUUUCUUCAAUGGUGGAAAUGUUUUGUAUUUGCCAUAUGGUUGGUCGAUGAAAAUGAUUUAAAGGCAAAAA